AUGGAGAAUACCUUAUUGCAUGCUCAUUUUGUUCGCUAUUUUUCCUCAUCUUUUAUCGCUUGCCUCAUUCCAUUAUUGCAUUUCUGUAACGAUACAUUUGCAAGAACUGCAUUGUUCACACAUUCAGAAGGAGAGAACGACACGCAGGGUUUUGCUGCUACUCAAUCAACAACGUGCGCCAUGCAGUUAAUAGACAAAGCAGUCGAUUUACGGGACUCACAAAUCCUCAAUAUUCAAUCCUACGAGAAGAUGAUUUGGCAAAGACGAAUUAUGGCUUUAGCGACAGUAAUUACAUGGAUUGCUGUGAUUGUGUUGAUUGCCGCUCUAGCUACGCCAAAUUGGGCAGUGUUGGACUUUAUGAAUACCGAAUAUCAGCAAGUUCAUGUUCAGCUUGGGGUAUGGGGUGAAUGGCGAACUAUUUCGAAUUCAACACAUAAAAAUGUUGAAUGGAUUCCGCACUUUCCCACACCUCCGGAAAAUGUGGCUCGUCUCGCUGACGCUGAUCUCAAACAUUACUAUCGAGCUCAAGCAGCUAUCGGAGUGAUCGCGUUGUUUCUACUGCUGUCAACGAAUACGUUAGCUCUUUACACUUUCUACCACCAUCGAUAUAUUUAUAAACGACUUACUGCCGGAUUGUUCCUGCUUAACGGCGAUUGGAACUAUGACGCAGUGAAGGUGACCGGUUACUCGACGAGAUUGGCACAAUGUGUGGUAGCAGCCUGCCUUCUGGCAGCCACAGCGUUCGCUCUCGGUUCUCAUAAACAAAAAGGCGACAACGCGGCGACGGCCGAGGUUGAGAUCGAAGAUCGACCCAUUCACAUGGGGAGAUAA